AUGAACUUGGAGAAGGAAAGAGUUGAAUUGAUGGAGUUCCAGAAAAACGGGUUGGUGUCGAUUAGCACCAUCAAUAGGCUAACAUCAUCUGGAAAAUUAUCAAAGAAAUUGGUUGGAAAUUUUCGUCAGAUUCAUCAGUAUUUUUCUUUUAUUUCUAAUUUUACUCAUAGGCUUAGAGCUGGGCAAGAAGGUGCCUUCACAUUAAUUGGGAAGGAGGAAGGAAUUAAGGAAUACUGGAAAGGAAAUCUUCCCCGUGUGAUACGGAUCAUACCUUAUAGCGGCGCACAUCUUUUUGUCGAUGAAACAUACAAGCUGAUGGACUGGGAUCUUUCUGUAAUUGGAAGAUUAGCAGCAGGUGCUUAUGCUGGCAUGACAUCAACUUUUGUGGCCUUGAACAUGUUGAGAGAGGAAGGAGUUGCAUCCUUUUAUAAUGGUUUAGGACCUUCUCUUAUUGGAAUUGCUCCUUACAUAGUUACAUUGCAGUCAAGUUUUGCAUUUUAG